AUGUCCAUCGUCCUUUGUUUUGGUGCAGUAGAGGUUAGUCACGUGAUUCGCGAUCACGAAAAGAUCCGAAACUCCAACUUCAACGUCAAGCACUCAGUCUCAAGAAGCCUGGAUACCACUCAUCGCCUUCUCCCUCGCACAACUCCGGACAGAAUCCUAUCCGCCUCCGCUCUCUCCAUCAAAAUGCCAAUCCUACCAAAGAAGUUCCCGGCCCUCGUUGCCAAACCAAUUGCCCCAUUCUUCAUCGCGGCAUUGGUCGUCGGAUACGGAAUCAACUCUCUCCAGAACGCCAUGAUGAACUCCGAGGAAUUCAGAAAUGACCCCCGAAACCCCAACGCCGCCGCCGCAAAGCCAAGCGAGAAGCACUAG